UCUAAUAUAAAUACCACUUUAUAGUUGAUAACUUUGAUAUAUACUGCAAGCAAGAAAAUGGGUAUCACAAAGACUUCAAUGAUCUUUUUAUUCUUGAUAGUAUUGACAGCAUCUUUGUUGAAUUACAACGUCUUGGCUUCAGAGAUCAAACCUACAGGGAGAAUCGAUGAUAUGUGCAAGACUACUUGUUCGGCAACAUAUGGAAAUGGUAAAUGUGGGGCAGACUGUAGAAAGGCUGGGUUCUCAUCCGGACAAUGUGCUACUUCUGGUCCUUUCGUAAACAAAUGUUGUUGCACCAAGUGAUAAAACCGACCUUUUGUAUUUGCAGUUAACAUUCAUAUAUGUUUUUUCUUUUGCCAUA